UAAGUGGGAAAACCCCUGCCAAAGGAAAAACAGGGAAAAUCAAAUACAAAAUGUGGCAGCGACAGGUGUUGGUGCUCGGCAUUUACGUGCUCAUAACAAUGAAGGUGGCAAGGAGCACCGCCAGUCGGUUUAACGGCGCCACUUCCGCCGGCAGCCAAGGCCCGCAACUAAAGCUGGAGAUGAAUGCAUGGCAGCCUUUCACGCAGCACAACAAUUGGCUCAUUCUCCAGGCGACGGCGCCCAGCUCAAUGCAGCCGGAGCGAGCGGAGGUCCGGAAGGAGAUCCGGGAAAGGCGAAAGGAGCCGGAACGACUUCCUGUCAAUUUCUACGCCUACAACCACCGCUACAACGAGAGCUCGCCGUCGCCAGGCGGAAAUUACAAACCGAUUCCUCCAGCCAGCGAUCCAGCCAGCUACGUUUUGGCCAUCAGCCAGCAAAUGCGACGGGGCCAACUCCUGCGCCAGCUGCCAAAAGCGGAGGAAGCCGGGCCGGAAGUUCAGGAGGUGGCUGUGACUUCAACCCACUCGGCUAAUGGUGACGGUGAUGCUGACGAUUAUGAUGAUGCCCAAAACGAAAUCCUUGCUCUGGCGGCAGGAGGAGCAGCAGAACAGGCAUCGCUCCGGGGAAUCGAAUCCUACUUGGAGCCCUUUGAACGAGCUCUGGUGAAAGUGCGCAACUUCUGCGACGCCCUGAGGAGCGUGAUUAGCGACGAGGCAGAUGAGACUGGCUCAAAUAAAUUGGAUGCCACCGCAAGCGGCGCGACAGCCACCACAGCACCACCAGGUGCAACAUCAAAGGACCUCCUGGUUCAAGGUCGCGCCCGACGUCUGGCCCUGGAGCUGGAAUCGGAAUCGGAGGGCCGCAAGCUCAAGAAGCUGAAGAAGAAGAUCCAGAAGCUGCUGUUCCCGCUGCUGAUUGCCUACAAGCUGAAGUUCCUCACCCUCAUCCCGGUCCUCAUCGGCGGGCUCACGCUGCUCGUGGGCACCACGGGUCUGGCCGGCUUCUUCUUCGCUCUCUUUACGGCCGUAAUGAGCCUGAAGACCUCCGCGGGCGGCCAUGCCAGCAAGGCGCUCGUCUUGAAGAAGCUCUGAUGAGUUUCGCUUUUAGGCACAUUCAGAUUAGCGAUUCGCCUAAGUUGGCCAACUGCUCAGCCAAACAGCAUUGAUUUGUCUGCUCAGAGGCUAUAAACGACGCCGAUUUUGAACGAUAGCGGCGACGCACCCUCAAGUGAAAUGAAGUUUAUACAUAACAGCAUAGUCCCCAAAUACGAUAAACGAAUUUAGACGUGUUCAUUAGUGCAGGCGAAUAUCGAAUACUCUGGUUGAAAUGAUCCAUGUAUAAUUCAAUUGUAUUACGCAUUUUAUAGUUCUUCU